CCACGCCAUGAUCAAAAUCGAUCAAACGUAGCAGCAAAUCUGCAACAUGAGGGCGUUCUGCUUUGCUUUGACGAUUCUCUGCGCCGUCCAGAGCAUUCUGGCGUACCCGCGGCCAGACUUUGCCAUCAAUGGAGUAGUGUCGGGCUCGGCUACGGUGAAAACAGCUGCGGUCGGACUCAGCCAGGACAUCGCAGACGCUGGUAAAGGAACCGUGAAUCUCACCUCCGGAUACACAGUGCUGUCGAAUCUCAGCACCUCUCUGCAAUUCAUUGGUGAUGAGAUCGUCCGAGUCGCUGCCCCCCUGGCCUCGCAGCUGACCAAUCUGUCCACUGAUAAUUCUAAUCAAAUCGAGACAACGUACGCUGCUAUUAAUACCUCAAUUAGUCAAUUCGACGUAUUGCUUAGUUCAGGAUUAAACACCACGAUCACCGAUAUCAACAACACAGCGGGUACGGACUACAUUGUGAAGCAGUUUGCCGAUGCGUUCAAGAACACGAAAGCGGCGCUGACAGCGCUGAAUUCUACGAUCUAUCAACUUAAAUCGGAUGUGGAUAAGGCCAGGAAAGCAGCAGGUACCACCAACCCCAUCCCGUCUGCCAUCAUUCGGGCGAACAUUCCGGCCAAAACCGUCAACAACGUGAUCACAGCGAUCCGCAACUUGCGUGCCCGCGUUCCGCUCAUCACGUACGUCAUCGACAGCUCGCUGGAUAAUCUGCAUUUGGUGGAUCUGUUCAUUAUCGCGUUGCAGAAGGAAGUUGUGGAUGGUGCUGCUAGAUAUCCACUGUCGUACCAAGCAUUCCAAUCGAACCUGGGCGUGGAAUCAGCCAGCGUCAAUACGCAGUUCAUCACCGGUUACGGUUCAAAUGUCUCCGCGAUCAUUUCCAGCAUCAACACUGAUCUGCAAAAUAAUACAGCGUACACCUCGGGUCUGCAAACGAACAUCAAUAGCUUGGCUACCGCCUACGGGUCGAUCGACACAGAAGCUGGCAAGAUUGCCACUGCAUUUAACAAUUACUCAACGAACGUACCGAACCUGAUCGGCAACCUCUCGAACGAGCUCGCCACCAGCCUGUGCAAUCCGCUUAAAAUGGUUUCCAAGGUGCAGAUUGCCAACGCUGGCUAUUCGGACUUCUGCUUCAGCAAGUACUCGCCGCGUGUGUUCUCGCAAGUUCAACUCACCAUCGACGCGUUCGACGUGUGCUUCGAGAAGGAGUUGGCCCGCCUGAUGAACCUUUCGCCGGUGGUCCAGCGCAUUGCCACUCAGAUCUCCUACAACACUGCCGAUCUUCUCAGCAACUUGAAUGUGUGCCUCGCAAUCGUCGACCCGACUGCCGAGGGUGCAUGCUUCACGACGAUCGCUCCGUACUAUGCAGUGCUGGCCACGAAAGUCACAGCCCAUACAGCGACGGCCAUCAAUCUGGUGAAUGCUGAAACCACGGCCAGCUACAACCGUCUCGGUGCCUGUCUCUACUCAUCGCUCUCAGUGACGACCGCGAGUGCGACAGACAUUUCUAACGAGGCUGCAAGCUGUCUGGAUGUAGGGCCUCAAUGAUAGCAUUUCUUCUCCAAACACUACACUCUAAACAUACAAUACGAAGGUUCAAUCAGUGCAAAUAUAGUUGAAAGGUAACGUGCGCCCAACCAA